AUGGCCGAUUGGAUGGGUCGUCUGCCGCCUUCAAUUCGACAGAAACCACUGUCCACUAUCUGCAUACCAGGUAAACAUAAACAAACAUGUUUCGGAAAAGGCAAUUUUGCAAUUUUAAGGUUCCCAUGACACCGGUGCCUACUGGUUCAACAUGCACAUGGACUACGCCCAUGAUCAGUCGUUUCUGCGGUACAUCCGUCGUUUCAAAUGUGGCUUUGUGAAGCGCAUUGUCAAGCGUUGGGCUGAAACUCAAGAGUAAGAAAAUAAACGUUUACUUGAAAGUCAGCAGUGACCCUUUUUUCAGAAAAGGUGCUGAGAAACAACUUCUAGCAGGAGUCCGCUUCUUCGACUUACGCAUUGAGCUGGCAAUUGAUGGCUCCUCCAAUUCGGUACGCAAAUCAUUGCCCUUUGUUUAUUUUUAGUGACAUUCCUCUGAGCUGCCUAAGUUCAACCGUAAAUUUUGAAUAUUUAGUUCGGCCCUCGUUUUCCCUCGGCUCUUUCCUACCUCUAUAAUUAGUUACAGUAUUGUUUCAAUGGUUUUUCCCUUUUCAGAGUCCGGAUGGAUCGACGAUGGACGAUUCGAGAAAGGUAGAUGAUCGAACCUACUUCAGCACGUUCUUCCUCUUCCUCUUCUUUAUCCACCACUCAUCCACGCACUCUUGUUGUCUGGUGCUUGUACCGCUUUCAUUUCCGGCAUGCGAAACUGUCCUGUUUUUCUGUCCUAACUGUCUCAUACAUACGUCUUACCGGCCUCAUCUCACUAUGUUACUUGUUUCAGUUGCAGUUGGGAAAGGGUCAGUUUCAGAGCUGUUUCAUUGUGCACGGACUCUAUGGAACUGAUUGGCUCAACAUGGCCAAUGAGAUUGUGAAAUUCUUGGCUAGUCACCAAACUGAGGUGACAUCUUGCACUGAAAUCUUCUGGAAUUCUGAAACUAAUUUUAUAGGUCGUGAUCUUGAACGUGAACCAUAUGUAUCGCAUGACGGAGUACGAUUUUCGUCGUUUCUUCCUCCACCCGCUGGCCUCCGCCGCCGGACGUGCUGGACUGGUCCUCUGCCCCACCUACGUGGACCUCCGAGCCAUUUCUCUCGAGGAACUUGUGGAGAAAGGAUUCCGGUGGGUGAUACUCAUCUUAAAGUUAGAAUAAACCAACGACUUUUAGGAUCAUCUUGGUGGGACCCACAGAAGGUGACGUGGAUGGCUGCUCCUUUCGCUCGGCUGCCAUUCAGAACCGCUGGCCAAACAAGAACAACGUCGUCGAUCUGCUCACCUUCAUGCAGGCUCAAAUUCAUGCUCCGGUGUCUCCGGGAUUUCGUGUCAUGCAGGGCGUCUUGACCCCUACCUUGCGAGAUAUUGUAAGUUUAACAAACUCUUUUAUUGAAAAUUCAUACAUGUAUUUCAGUUUGUUAACUGGCGCCAAUCACUCAAACGAUGCUACUCUAUUCCUUGCCGUGAAGCUGUCAAGGAAUGGGUUCGUCAUCUGGACAAAGAGGAGCGGGAAAACCUAAACAUUCUUAUCUCUGACCAAAUUGACGUUGAUUUUUGUCGGAUGGUAUUCUCGCUCAACCUUGUCGACUUUCCGGAUGUUGCCGAUUUCUUCGCAAAGCGACCGAAUGUAGAGAGACGUUUGGAGUACUCUCCUGAGCUGGAGCAUUAUGAUUACGAGACCGUAGGCUCGUAUCCAACUCCGCCGGAGUCCGACAAAAAGGGACGUGCAUUCUUCCCAGAGAUCCCAGAGGAAGAUGAACCGGAAUUUCUGAUCGAGGAAAUUAUUGAGGAUGAUGGAUCGUGCAGCUCACUUGUCCCACCGAGAAAACCGCUGCGCACAAGUGUGAUGAUCCAGCAAAUCGAGAUGGUCCUCGAGAAGAGACCGUCUUCGUCGCAGGAAACUUCACUGCUCACUGGUUCGCCAUCAGCAUCACCAAUCCCGCCACCAAAACCUAAGCGCUUCUCGCAAAGGAUACCAAUUUUUAUGGAGGUCGAGCCGAUUCCCGAUUACGCUAUUCUGAUUCCUCUGCCCGAUGUUCCGACCGGACCAAUCUCGCGGAGCACCGGUACUCCUGUCCGGAUUGCCUUGCCGGUGACCGAAGAAGAGCUCCGUCUGGCGGCUCUCGGCGAGUACCCACCAUUCGGCUCCCAAAGAUGGUAUGAAGAGCAGCAGGAGAAGAAGGAAGAAGAGAAGAAAACCGAGGAGAAGACAGAUGAAGAGGAAGAGGAGGAGAAGUCUUCCGAGGAUAAUGAGUCGACUCCGCUGAUUUCGGAGAGUUUGGAUCACAUGGUCGAGGAUCUCGUCAUCCAUUCAACUCUUGACGCCAUGAACAACUUGGCUGAUCGAUUCAAGGAUGAUUCUGCUAAUUAA